AUGCCCCUCCCCGCCCCCACAUACACAUUCUCCAUCCCCUCUAUCCACGAUCGCCUCCGACUAGAUUGUCGGGUUUAUCUUCCCCAGCAACAAACAUCACCACCACCAGCAAAACAAAAACAACAGAAACAACGACACCUGCAGCGCCAACGCGGAGCCAUCAUCGCGCAUCCCUAUGCGCCUCUCGGAGGGUGUUUCGAUGAUCCCGUUGUUGGGUUUGUCGGAGGAGAGCUCCUAAAGGCGGGGUUGGUGGUAGGGACGUUUAAUUUUCGGGGCGCUGGUGAUUCCGGGGGUCGGACCAGUUGGACGGCUAGACCCGAGUUGGCGGAUUAUGCCUCUUUUUAUGUCUUUAUGCUGCUUUAUUUGCAUUUCUUGGGGGGAAGGGGUAUAGGGGAAGGGAAAGGGGAAAGCGAUAUUCGUAUUGUCUUGGGCGGGUAUUCCUACGGGUCUAUGAUUGCGUCGCAUCUCCCUGGUCUGGAUGCUAUCGUGGAUCUGGUGAGGAAAAGCUCCCCUGAUACUCCGAUCCAUGAGAUCUAUCAGAUCGCGGACAAAUUGUCGCUGUGUCUGGGGGAUGAUCAAUCAACUUCGAGGCCAUCACCCACAUAUCGCCCAGCGACCGUUGAAGAAAUGGGACAAGCUGCUGACAGCAUUGGACGGGCAGCUGUUUCUUAUCUUCUCGUGUCGCCUCUUCUCCCGCCAGUCAAUCAGUUCCUAACAUUGUUCUCAAAAAUGUCACUCGAUGCGGGCGCGCAGACAUCCGCUCAAGGGAGACAGAUAUCCUGUCCCAAGCCAGCAGCCCAACUCUGUGCACAUGAGACAUUGGCUAUCUAUGGCGACCAGGAUACCUUCACAUCGGCGAGUAAACUAGAAAAAUGGUCAGCCGAACUGGCCCAUGCACCCGAGAGUAGAUUCCAGGCGGUCGAGAUCGAGGGCGCUGGCCAUUUUUGGAGGGAACAUGGGGUUGAGUCUCAGGCGCGAGAGGUGAUCAAGGACUGGGUGUGUCAGAUGGCUUAA